CAGACUUCACGGCGCAGCUCUCCCGCAUCCACGAGCAACACGCCGACGACCCAGAGACUCGUGGAGAAUUUCAGAAAAAAGAAUUCCGAACUGCGCAAUGAGAGACCAGGGACGAGCAGCCUAAUGGUUCAAGCCUGGGAGAGCUACCUGCAGGAGGUGGAGGUCGACUCGCAGACACACGCUGACAUCUCGGGGACCCUCAACCGACAGGUGUCCAGGCCGCUCAUGGAGAAGACCUUCUACAGGAAGAUCCAAUCACGGAAGAUGUUCACGCACCGAGAGAGCUUCGACACCAUCCUCACGAAGACGGAGGAGAUGCUGAAGAAGUGUCGGAGGGAAUACAACGAGGCCUACCAACUCCACUGCCGCACCCAGAGCAACGCCUCCCUCGCCUCCUACUUCGACGCCCACAACGCCUACGUCCAACAGUUGCACGCGACCAACGGCAUGUUGCAGGAGUACCACCACACCACUCUGCCGGCGCUGCUGCAGGAGUUGGAGGAUGUUUACCUUGACGUGAGUGCGGUGGUGGCUGACUGCAUACUCCAUGGGGCUAAUAUCGUAGCUGUCAAGGCUUUGGAGCAGAGCAAGAGGUACGACUCUCUCAGCGGGAUGUGCCGAGGCGUGGACGGGCGCCUGGACCUGGUGAGCCUGGUGCGCGGGCUGGACGUCUCCCCUGGCCACGCCGCCCGCACCCCCCACCACCGCUUCACGCCCCCGCAGCCGCCCCACCCUGCCGAGGCGCCCAACGGCGAACUCUAUCCCCAGGAAGCUCCUCCUCCACACCUGAAGGACGAACUCGUGCUCGACCGCCUGGCUGCCCUCUCCUCCAAAAAUCGCUACGAGGCCCUACGGAAGGAGGAGGCCGACCUCGAGCGGCAGGUAGCCCAGCUGCAGGAGGCGCAGGACACCCUCCAAAGGAUACAGCAGAGGAGCCUCGAGUCGUCGGUCUUCAACAAGGCGAACGAACUGCAGGAAGACAUCAGCAUGAAGCGCUUUGACCUCCGCGUCGCCCAGGUCCACCUCUCUGCCGUCAGGUCACAGAAAGAGUUAUUCGCGUCAAAAGACGGGGGCGGGGCUGAGGGCCGAGAGAGGAAGAUGUCUAACUCAAGCGGAGGAAGUAUGAAGACCAAGUGGAUGAAAGCCUUUAAGUCUUUAAAGACAUCAGAGCCCACUAGUGGGAACUUGCCCCUCGCCCAGCCGGGGAAGCGCUACACAUUCUCGAGCACUGUGCUCUCCGUCAUGGCCCACAGAAAGAACGGGCGGGACAAGGAUGCUGCAGCUGUCAUGUUUGAAAGUACUCACAUCCUGCAGGAAUACACCUAUAAGAAAAUCACCGCCUGCGACGUCUGCCAGCAGAUCCUGAGGGGACACUCCCGCCAAGGCCUGAAGUGCAGGAUGUGCAAAAUGAACGUCCACGCCGAGUGUCAGGACCAGGUGGGGAAGUGUCAGCCCAAGUCCCGCCUCCUGCGACGUCAGCGCUCGACCUCCGAGAUCGAAAGCAAACAGAUGGACGCCGGAGAAGAAGACAACGAGCCCACUAUCAGCUUCAGCUCGCUUAUCGCCAGCCAGCCUGCCCGCCGGGGCGCGGAACCUGCGUCCUCUAGUGCGGCCACGGAGAUCCAAAUAGCGCCAUCCAGCCCCGUGCACAACCGCCGCCUCCUCUCCGCCCGAAAUGUGAGGAUGAGCUCAGUUGAGCUUCCGGACGACAACGAAAAAUCACUCAGUUCCGCCAGCACCUCACCGUGCCCUUCUCCCGUCAGUAAAAAACCUCACCGUCUUCUGCCCACUAACCUGUAUGUCGUCCUGUACAACUUUACGUCCAGACAUCCCGAUGAGCUCGAUCUAAGAGCCGGCUACAAAGUGACCGUAACGGACACGUCUGACCCCGACUGGUGGCAGGGAAAGUGUCUGGGAAGGACCGGAUACUUCCCUUCCAAGUACGUGACGCGCCUCAACUGCGGGGAGAAGCCACUGCAGGUCACACACAACUUACAGGUCACCGACGGAGACAACGGCAUCAAGCUUCUGAGAGACCAGAUCGUCAUCCAGAUCGGGGAGGAAGUGGAAGGCAUGGUCAUGAUCCGCAACGGUGACAACCAGCAAGGCGUGUGUCCUCUGAAGUACCUCCAGGAAGCCUAAGCCCAAACGCGUCUCCCUUUGCACCAAGACACAGACUCUCUCUCUCUCUCCCAAACCCCCAUUCUUAAAAAAAAAAAGAGGAAAAGAAACGUUGAUAUCAAAGAGGGGGGUGAGUCCUCUCAGGUACCUGCAGGGGGAGGGGAGGGCAUGGAUCAAGGAUUGCCCUACCAGGUACCUGUAAGAGGCUCGAGGAGUGAGUCUUCUCCCGUUCCCGCAGGAGGCUCCACCGGCGCUCCCGAAGGCGUCUCGUCCAGUCACCCCGAACCCCGUCGCUCGAGAUCAUCCUCAGCCACAAGUUCUCUCGCAAAUUCAACCCCAAAGAAAAUUAUGAAAGUUGUGAAAAAGGGCACAUUCAACCGGAAAUAUCAGAAACUUUUGAUGGUAACAACACGAUAGUUGCAGUUUUUCUUUUACUUUUUGUUUUUAUUUUCUCUCUCGAAAAAUCCAACUGGAGGCGGCAGCGCUACCCAUGACCGCGAGGCGAAGAAAAGGCCAUCGCGGCAGAAAUUUUGACGAACCUAGGAAGGGGCGAAGCCGAAGCCCGUGACAUUCAUUCCUGAGCAUAAGCUAUUGUUGUUGAUGUUGUUGUUGUUGUUAUUGUUUAGCCUUUUUUGCACAGAACAUGUUCUACACUAGUUCUCUCAGCUGGCUGUGGCUCAUAUUUGCUGGUGAAACAUAGUCAUGAGUUCCGGCUGAUUGGCUGAACCACUGUACCAGUGACACACUCGUGCACCAUUACAGUGUUGCCAGAUGUGUUUGUGCACCAUCACCACGUACUCCGCUAUGUACAAGCACAAUCAUGGUGUUAGCAGUUGUGUAUGCACUAUACAAAGACGUAGACAGCUGUAUACAUGCACCAUCAUGAUGUACAUACGCUGUGUACGUGUGCCAACAUGAUGUCCACAGCUAUGUACAAUACCAUGAUGUACCCAGCCGUGCACAUAUAUUGUUGUAUGGUAGCUAUCUGUAUGGGUACAGUACCCUGUACAUAGUAUGGGUGUAUCACUGAUUUGUAUCCAGUCAUAUUUAUCCCACUGUAAUGUACAUGGCCGUAUACAUCCAAUAAUGUACACAGCCCUGUAUGUGCUUCUCUGUGAUGUAAGUAGCUAUGUAUGUACGUCACUGAAAAUUGGCAGGUUUUGUAUGUGCACCUUUGCAUAGUAACUUGCAACCUUUGUACAUCAGCACAAUGAUAGUUACAGUGCGAAUAAGUGCUCUGGUCAGGCCCGUGCGCGUUCAAGUGCACUACGGCGAGCAGUGUACAAGAAGGAAUUACAUUACCGUGGGCAGUUGUGCACAUGCAGCACUUCCCUGCGGCUGAUGUACAUUCAAUACCAUAGUCAGUUCUGUACCUCAAGCAUCAUGUCGAGCUGCAUCAAUAGAGAAGAUUCGAGCAGUGUUUUGGGAAGAAAUUCUGAAGCAAGUCAAGCCACGGCAGCUUUUCAAGACAUCACGUCAGACUUAGAGGCUGAGCCAGUCUCUACGCCGCCCCAACACCUCACCAUGACGGUCACCAAAGUAUUUUCAUAUGAUACAUAAUUCCCCUCUAACCUGUCUCUCAGUUUCCUGUACCGAUCCCUCUCUCCCCUCCCUGCGCACCUGGCUCUCCUCACUCUCUGAUCUUACUAACCUCCCUCGCCCCUCCUUUCACCUCCUUCCCUUCACAUUCAUGCGUCUGUGCACUCAGCGUCGCCUCAUUUUCGCGAGUUUUCAUCAGCCCUCUUUGCACUUCCUCAUUCGAUACAUAUCAUCAGAAUCUUUCCCCUAUUUAGCUGAUUCCUCUAAUCUCUGCUCCCUUCACGUGUCUCCUUUCCCCUAAAUUCCUGUCGGUUCCUUGACCACACAGUCUUAGCACGUUACCUAGUACAAAUCUCUCAACCUUUGGUGUCUGACUCCUUUGUUGCUUCCACGCUGUUCCUCUCACUACCACGGCGUCCCAUAUGCGUGUGUUCCUUCCCUGCAAACGUUUUCGAUUGCGCCGAGCCUUGAUGUUCACUGCUUUCGUCAUACUCAUCCGCUUUGUGAACAUAUUUGCUCCUCAUCACGCUCACUGCGGCUACUUCUUCACACAUAUAUAUUGCACCUCAAGCAACUGUCCCUCCCGCAAAUAUUCCUACUCUUGUCGACUCAUUUGACUCAUGGGCCCCUUACCUGACUCAUGAGACCGUUCCGCUUAAUGAGAGUGACUUGUUCCGUGCAUAACUUCCUCGUUAUCACCUGUAAUGGCGUGCUUAUCAGUCCUCACGCGAGAAAAUCAUUUUGACUGAUGAACACCCUGCUGACAGCUUCCACUUUGUUCCACCCUUCGCCCUUGUCACCCUCAUCGUGACUCAUCCCUCACCCUGCCAUCAUCACCCUUCAGCUUCAUCUAGGACUUGUACGAUCUUUAUUGCGCCUUCCUUCCCGCAUCUACACUGCACCUCCUUCAUUACUGCUUAAGCGUUGAUUUCAGUCUUCGUUUCUGAUGAUCUUCUAGGUAUAUUACUAACUCUCUGGCUAACAAUGGUACGUCAGAUUCUGGCAGGCAGAUUUAGCUAUGCACAUGAAUAUUUUUACACUAGUUGUUAAGAAGACUGUUCCAGCUACCUUUAUUUCAACCUGACUUUCGUCUGGCAAAAAGCAGACUUCAAUGGUAAUAAAAAAAAAGUCAUAACAAAAGUUGUGUGGCAAUUCUGGUUCACCACCACUGUAUUCCUCGUUUAGCGUAGAUGCAAUGCAGUCAUUAUACAGGCAAAGCAGAUAUAAUUCUGAAUGCUAUUAUUCCCAAAUGAGCUUUUGGCCACUAGAGAAUAUCAGUUAGUUUACACAAAUACAACCAGAAAAUUUGUAAGUGACAGAGCUUUGUGUAGUGUAGCAUCAUCUGUCACGUUGUUGACUUGGCUGUCAUGGCAGUCUAUUCUUCUCACUCUACCAUUGUCCUUUUAUGCACAAAUUAUGUUUCCUUGUUCAACGUAGUUUAUAAGAAAAUCCUUUUCCAUAAACUGGGAUGAAGA